ACCCAAAAUUUUAUCUGGUCGUAAUUUGUGUGCUACAUAAACUAUAAAAUAUGCAACUAAUCAAUUUAUUAAUCGGGUAAUUUACUGAUAAAUUAAUGUAUAUGGUCUAAAAAUGAAUAUGAGAUGGGGUGGGUUUGGGACAAUGUGUUAACUGCUGGUCUGUGAGAGCUUAGACGUGAUAUGGUAGAAACAAAAAUAAGAAAAAUUUAAGGUCCAAUGUCAACCUAGAGUGUAUGUAAAGAUAUUAUUACAUAAGCUUAUACUUAUAAUUUACACAUCUGUAUAUACAUCUUUUUUCUCAACGUCUCCAUGUAUAAUAUGCAUCUCUUGCUGAAAUAGUAUAUUACGAUAGAAAACAGUAGAAUAUUGAUAUUUGGUUUCUGAUGAUAUUCUACUUGUCUAAUAUAAUUCUAGGUGUCGCGGAAAUGAAAAUUUUAUAAUUAGUUUCAUUUUUUUCAUUUUUAUAACUAUUUAGUAACUGUUUGGAAAUCUAUUCAAAAAAAAGUUAGAUGUGAUAUAUAUUCUUUUUCCAAGUUAGAAGUGAUUCAUAAAUGCCAUAUUAUGAUAAUUUCACUAUAGAUUUCAAAAUUACAAAAAAAUAUAUAUAUAUCCGUUGAAAAAUGUGCCUUAUGAAAAAGGAAAAAUAUCACUCCGUGACAUGAAUUUGUUAUAUGUAAUAUAUCGAAAAUGAAUAAAUGAAAGUAGAGAACUAAUUUUAUAUGUAUAAGAAGAAGAAAGUUAAAAAGUCAGUCAUUAUUCUAUUUCUUCACGUAGACUUCUCAGUUCUCAUGAAUAACAAGGAACCUCAACUUUUCUUUUCUUUUUGUCGUCUAAUUUUAUCCCCCUCUCCCCCGUUAAUAUUGAAGAUCUGAAGUCAUGUUAUACCUUUUAUUAUUGUCUAGUCUAUGCUCGUCUAUCUGGUAAAUUAUAAAUAUAACUUCAUGAUCACAUUCAUAAAUGAGAAAUUGCUAAAAAUACCGCAAGUUAAAUACUAAUUUUCAAAAUACCCUAUAUCAAAAAUAUAUUAAGAUUUGGAUUUAGAUUUUAGUGAUUAGUGUUUAGAAUUUAGUAUUAAAGGGUUGGAGUUGCGUUUAUAAAUGUUCAAUAAAUAUUUAGAAAAAUUAGUUUAGUGUUAUUUUAUCAUAAAUUUAUGAUAUUUAUGAAAAUAGUUAUUCAUUAAUGAUAAAUUUGAAAAAUGGUAUCAAACUUGCGGUAGAAUUAGAAUUCACAUCCACCGCUAUGAAUUUAUUAACUGUGUAUAAGUUUUGGUGUAAGAUAAAGACAUGAUGAAGUUUAAGAUAUUCUUUUCAAAAAUCGAUCCUCAGAAUGCAAAAUAGUUUGCAAAUUAAUGUGACCGAGUAUGACUAAAUGAAGGUUGGCUAUAGGGAGGAGGUGGACCAACCAUCAAAUGUUGUAAUCAUUGCGUUAUUUUAAAUAUCUAGUAUCCAAACUUCAUAAAAUUAAGAGCUAUUACCUAAUCAGAAAGCUCCACUUUUCUGUUUCUGAUUUCUUACAAUUCACCUAACUUAAACACACACCAAUAACAAUUUAUGGCCCAACGUUAUCCGGCCCGGUCCAUAUUCUCAAUCGCUGUUCAAGUCUACCGUGUAGUACCGCGACCGUUUUGACGCAUUUGGACUACUUUUUGAAACAAUACCAGGCACUUCUUGAAGCAUGCAACUUUUUCAUGCAUAGAAGACCAAUGUGAAUGACUUUGCUAAUCUCUUCUUUGAACCCGAGAUAAAGUAUGGGAUCGAUAACCGGUUAUAAACCGCAUUGGUCAAGUGUAGUGGCAGUGCACACCCAUUUGAUUUAUCUUUAUCUUAGUUAGAUAGCGUUACAAGAGUCAUCUUAGUUAACUUACAUAUACAUUUACGGGCAUUCGUCUAAACUGUAUUAAACAUAACGUACGUUUCGUCCAGAUCUCAGUAAUUAACUGCACAAAGCUCAAAACAGUCACGGAGUUUUGUUUAUUGAACGUUUUUUAAUACUCCAGCAUUUACGUAAUUGGUUUUAUUCCUGAGCUUCAAAAAUAAAAUUGUGUUAUAUAUUUGAAACGAAUAAUGAUUAAAGUCACCAUAUAUUUGUUUAUAUAAGAUAACAAAAGUCCAUAUUCAUUUUGUCAAUCAGCUGCAUGCCAUCAGUAAAGAAGGUUCAGAACAGUUCAAAAGGUUGUGAUUUUGUUUAUAUUAUGAAAUCUGUAAACAAUUUCGUUAAAUGAUAAUUUUAAUUUUAAAAUGAAUUUCAUGGUGUUGUUUUUUAGUAUAAAUUGGUUACAGAUUAAUAAAAGAACAUUUGGACUGUGUAUAUGAGAUUUUCAACAAAAUCACAUAUGUUUGAUAACAUCAACGUAAUAAAAGUAAUUUUGUUAGUAUUUACUUACAUAUACUAGGAAACGGUAACAAACGUUCUGUUAUGAAAACUCCUCUUUCUUGUUUCAUUAACUCCAAUUCUAUUUCGUUUUUACGUUUAUGUUGGUAAACCCUGACCUGCAACAGAAACAUAAAAAUGGAAGAACAGAAUAUCAACCUCGAAACCUGAACACAACAGCUCAACGGAACAAGACACAAAACAAAAGAACCCAUAAAACCUUUGUCCAAAGAGACAUUCUCUAAACAUUCAAACUUUGCAGGGUAAAUUAGUUUUUUUUUUUAAAAGGUAAUGGCGGAAACGCAGCACUUGCUGAUAUCGUCGUUACCUGAAGCACCAAGAAAACCAAAGUCGAAAGUACAGAAAGUGGCGAGGAAAGCAUUCAAAGGAACAGCUCAUCUCUCAAAUCUCCUCCCGACCGGUUCUGUAAUGGGUUUUCAAAUAAUGUGCCCUGUCCUAACCCAUCAGGGUCAGUGUCCAACCAUAGCCAGUCGCUGGCUCACCUGCUUCCUUGUCUUCGUCUGCGCCGUCUCUUGCUUCCUCCUUUCCUUCACCGACUCCUUCAGAGACCCACGCGGCAAGGUCAGGUACGGUUUGGCAACACCAAGUGGUUUAAUGGUAAUGGAUGGAACGAUUACACUAACGGAGGAGGAGAAGGAGAAGUAUAAGCUGAGGUUUCUUGAUUUCAUGCAUGCAAUCAUGUCAAUGCUCGUCUUCUUUGCAAUCUCCAUGUUUGAUCAGAACGUCAUCCGUUGCUUGUUCCCCGUUCCUUCCGAAGACACCAAGGAGCUCCUCACCGGUUUGCCUUUUAUCAUCGGCGUUGUUUGCGGCGGCUUCUUCCUCGUGUUCCCCACGCGCCGUCACGGCAUUGGAUCUCCCCUUACCAAAGAAUAA